GCCUUCCUGCCCUCCUUCGCUUUCCUACAUCUCCUCUCACCUAUCCUCUAGUUCCCCCUAGCUGAAUCUUACACGCAAAAAGCCCUAUCCUCUGACCUUGCCAUCUAAUCGAAAUGCCCUUUCCAUUGUUCCAGAGUUUCGGAAAGAUCAUUGCAAUUCGUUUGAAGCGCCCUAAAAACCAAGGACACACACAACGCAACUCGACAACCGCCGGCCAUGAGGGCGAUACUUCUAUCCCUACAGACCUCUCUAAUUUCGUUCCUGCACCAAUGCACUCUUCGAAUUCUUCGCCAGUCCAUCCCGUUUCUACAGAUAGUCAACCAGGUCUCGAAAAAAGAUUCCCCGGCUCUCCCUCCGCAGUGUACCCUUGGGGUGCAUCUCCUGCCCGUGAAGCUUCUGACAUCGCUCAGGUAGCUUUGCCCUUGGUACAGGCUUUUACUGGUAUAAUUCCACUUGUCGGUGCUCCGAUGAACGCAGCUAUUGGCGGAUUGUUGGGAAUCCUUCAAGUUAUAAAUAGAUGCGAUCAGAACAGGGCGGCCUUGGAUGACCUGACAUCGCGACUCUAUGGACUAUACUGCCAUUUGUGCAACGCCCCACCUGCCCUGGAUCCUCUUGAACAUUCUCGGAGAGACAUCUUAGCUAGAAAGCUGGAAGACACUUCAGUCCGCCUGAAAAAGUUGCAAAAACAUCGUUUAGCAUACGCAUCUGUCACACAGGCUAUCACCGGAUGCUCAACUGACAUCGACCGUUAUCUAAAGGAGUUUAUGGUGUCGUCCCUAAUGCAAAGUCAACGUGAAACACACGAACUGCUUAUAAUUUCAAGGAGGCGGGAGGAGGAUCUUCAGAACAUCGAACAGUCCUUCGCAGCACUAUCUUUAUCGCCUUUACCCGGAAGCGUCGCGCCUGGCUGCGUGACGCUAGUAGACGCAACAGGCCGCCACCAAGCAAUAUCAGUGAACUGGUGCACCUCAUAUCAGCAACUCAAUUGCAUGCUCCGAGUUCUGUUUGAACGCGAUGCAAUCGAAGCCCAAAUUCAAAGACGAUACAUAGAAGAAGGAAAGUACGAUUUGUGCAUCGACGAGGGCAAACAAGUGACUUUACUUACAAGCCACAAUUGGUCGAGCAUUGAACCAGGCACGAAGAUUGUGAUGAGGGUUACCAUUCAACAGGGGACGUCAUCACUAUCUGGAGUCGACUAUCAAUGUCAUUUUUGCGGCGCUGUGAAUCGCCUUGGUGCUAGAUCUGUGAAAUAUAAGUCUCGAGGGCGGACUGUUUGCUCGACUGAAUGUCGAGAAUGCAAACGAUGCUUCCAGAUCACCCGUAGCUUGGUGAACCUGAGAAAACAAUCUUCUAACAGUGACUCCAACCACAAGACUGACGCAGAAAUGCUUCUUGUUCGCAACUUUCAUGUCGAGCAAAGUGAAGUGCGUGAUGUGGUCUUUCUACCUUCUUAGGCGACGCUGACGGUGCCACGGCCAUGUCCCGCUCUCAGUAUGUGCGUGAUGUGGUCUUUCUACCUUCUUAGGCGACGCUGACGGUGCCACGGCCAUGUCCCGCUCUCAGUAUGUGCGUGAUGUGGUCUUUCUACCUUCUUAGGCGACGCUGACGGUGCCACGGCCAUGUCCCGCUCUCAGUUGUUGGUGCGUGAUGUGGUCUUUCUACCUUCUU